AUGUCCAGACCAAUCACUGCAGUGAAGCUUGUUCUGCUUGGGGAAGCAGCGGUGGGUAAAUCGUCGCUUGUUCUUCGUUUCGUGAGCAAUGACUUUCAAGAGAAUAAAGAACCUACUAUUGGUGCUGCUUUCCUAACGCAGCGUUGUGUCAUUGGAGAUCAAACGAUAAAAUUUGAAAUUUGGGAUACAGCUGGACAAGAGAGAUUUGCCUCAUUAGCUCCCAUGUACUACCGUAAUGCCCAAUGUGCCCUUGUUGUUUAUGACGUUACCAAACCUGCCUCAUUCAUCAAGGCAAGACAUUGGGUAAAGGAGUUACACGAGCAGGCCAGUCCAAAUAUCAUAAUUGCGCUGGUUGGAAACAAAUGUGAUUUAGUUGAAGGGGAAGGUAAUGAACAGAAUCGUAAGGUUGCGAAGGAAGAGGGUGAACAAUUAGCACAGGAGGAGAACUUGGUCUUCUUCGAAACGAGUGCCAAAUCAGGACUGAACGUUAAGGAGGUGUUCAUAGCACUGGGCUCAAAGAUCCCAAGUAACGUCCAGUUAAACAUUCAGAAUGACAGCGCCACCUCUGCGAACGCUUGUAACUGCUGA